UGUAAUAUUUCUGACAGCAAUUUUGUGCUUGCUCUACAAUUUACAAACGAUUUUUAAAAUGAUAAUAUUGUGUUAAAUCGAGUACCGUAGUUUUGAUGUCUCAUAACAGCCUGAAUCAGUAAACAUAGUCACAGUGGCGAUGGGGUAAAAGAUUGGCGACAACAAUGACGGGCCGUGACUACAGAAGUUUUGUGUCACAUUAUCGGACUGGGCCAAGAGAAAUUGGAAGGGCCUAUGAAUCAGAUAAGCUUCUCAUUCGGAUGACCGAGGGCUUAGGAAGCAGCAGGUACACAACGCCCGACUAUGAGAAACUAAAAUCCCAGGCCUUGGAGAAGAAAAUCACCGGAAAUCGCUCGCUCAUCAAGGUCAAUCGCCUGGCUGCUAUCUCCAAAGCCAGCCAAGAGAAGAGCCUCUUGAAGCAACAUGGGAUGGUGUGGCAGCGGGAACUCGGGCGGCUGGACGCACAACGCAAAAGAGCGGAGAGCGAACAGGACUCGUUCUUUCUCAGCGGCACGUCAGAGCAGUCGGAGAUUGCCAUGUUUAUGCUGGAGGCUGAGGAUUAUCAGCUUCAACUAGACGCGGAGAGGAAAGCUUUCAAAGGAGCCACCGCUGACCCCAUCUGGACCUUGCGGGAAGACCUUCAGGCUUGGUUGACGGAGAACUCACCCCAGUUUCAUCCUGGAUCGCCAAGACGUGAGGAGAUUGUGGCACAGCACGCCCAAGUCUCUGAAACAAUCGACUCGGUCAAAGAGCAACAGCAGAGCCUCUUAGUCAAACUGGACCAUGAACAGAAGGCCUUGGAGCAGGACCUACAGUCGAAUUAUCUCCGGGGUCUCUUUGCUGGAGCGGAGAAGUGGGUGGUAGAAGGCGUGCCCGCUGAGGCUCAGAUCCUCAUCUGCCCCGAUGUUGAACUCCGAGACUCGGUUCUGGUUGAGUUUGAAAUCCUGGACCAGAGAUACUUGGCACGGCUUAGGGAACUUGACAAGCUGCAUUCUGAUGUGCUGAGGUCAGACACCGGUGGCUGGGAUGCAGGGGACCACUUUGCCUUCCAGGCGAUAGUUGAUCAGUACCCCCACGAUCUGACCAAUCGGAGAGCUCUGUAUAUCGACAGGUUGCGAAGACAGCUGCCUCACAAGACAAGAUCAGACACAGUGUCCCACGAAGACUGGUCCCUGCGCCACCGUUUCUACAUCGAACACCGUCGCACCUUGAUCAACUGCUGGGCGCGGGACAAGCAGGAGUUGUACGACAAGGCCGUCGCUGUCUUCGCCGACGCAUGCCUGGCCGAGGAACUGCAGCAGGCUGCGGCGAUUAACAGGCAGAGACAGGAUGAAAUCUGCAGCCAGCUGGGACAGAAGGUUCGUCGAUGGAGAGAACAGAAAGCUGAAGCCAUGAGGCUUGAGGACGACCUAGCAUCUCAGCGGCGGCAUCAUUUUGAAGAGCAGAGAGCCAAGGAGCAGGAAAUGGAUAAGAAGAGGAGGGCCGUGGACAAACAAAAGGUGGAAACGUACCGUCAUAAACUGAGGAAGGAGCAAGAGGCGAGGGAAGAGGAAAACAUGAGACGGUUGGCGGAGAUCAAAGAAGCCAUGGAACUACAGGCUGAGACGGACCGAGAAAGAGUAAGCUACCGAGAAGCACUACUUGGAGAACGCAAAGAGCGAUACAGGGAGGAGAAACGCAAGGAAGCCGAGAACGAAAUGGAGCGAGAACGGAGACUGGACGCACUGAGGCAAAUGGUUGAAGUGCAUGUUGAGCAUGAUCCACAGCGCGUCUUCCAAGCAACCAAGGCCUAUAAUGCCCAUCUCGGCAUCGGAGUAGACGAAGACGUCAACAUACAGAAACCGCUGUUUGACGCCAGAGGAUUCACCAAUGAACAGGUGUUGUCAGACCCGCGAUUCAAGCUGGAGCAAGCGUUGCGCAAAGCCGGCCUGCAUGCCAAUCCUUACGCUAGAGCCAUGCUGGGCGACACCAAGCCCCUGAAACCGCCGAGAAGGGAUCAGGAAUCGACGGUCUUCAAAGAUAUCAAACAAACUUGAAGGAAGAGUGAAAAAUGACCAUGCCAGCUGCAGAACAGUGCAACAAUGGGCCAUCAACACCAGUGCUUAAACGGCCAAUUCGGAGACAAUGGGAGCUAGUCCCAUUGAACAAUGCCACAGUUGUAUCCUGCUGCAGUUGGCGACCACAGACUCGGACGCAGUUUGGUCUUGGGAUUUUUUAACCUGUUGGAACUUGUUACAUUGGGCAGGUUUUCUCACUUUUAACAAGUGUUGCAUGUCGUUUCCGCAUUUGGUAGGGUUUUUAGGCAACAUCCCUUGUA